ACAACGGAACGUCUGUAUCGUACAAUGGCAUUCAAAUUCGCCGUCUUCGCCACCAUUGUGGCCGUGGCCAACGCCGUCGCCAUCGGAUACCCAGCGCCGCUCGGUGCCGUCCAUGCUCCGUACGGAGCAGCCUACCACGCACCUUUGGGAGCUUACCACGCUCCGUUGGGAGCCGUCCACGCUCCGUACGGAGGUUACCACGCACCUCUGGGAGCUUACCCGGCUGUGGCCAAGGUUGCCGCUCCUCUGGGUGUCGCUAAGGUUGUCGCCGACUACGACGCGAACCCGCAGUACAGCUUCAGCUACCACAUUGCCGAUGCUGUGACCGGAGACAACAAGGAACAGCAGGAGUCGCGCUCGGGAGAUGUCGUCACUGGGCACUACUCUCUGGUCGAGCCCGAUGGCACCCGUCGUGUCGUUGAGUACACCGCCGAUCCCGUCAACGGAUUCAACGCCGUGGUCAACCGUCAGCCUCUGGCCGUAAAGGCUGUGGCUCCGGUUGCUGCCUAUCCCGCCCUUGCCAAGGUCGCCGCUCCGUACGGAUACCCCGCGUACGGCAAAGCCAUCCUCGGUUAAGCUGGGUUAAACGGAACUCGUCCUCAGAUACG